GUGGCUUGAGCUUAUUGUUUACAGAAAAGCAAAGAUGUAUGGAGGAGAUUGUCAAGUUCUUUCAUCCAUGGGAGGAAGCUUAGUUCCAUCGGAUCCAAUAUUCUCGUCUCCGAUACAAAACCCUAAUCUCAGCUUCAUGACCAACAUGUCCUUCCAUCCUUUCCCCUCUUCUAUCAUUCCUAAGGAAGAGAAUCCAUUGAUGAUGAUGAUGAGAGGGAGAGAUGACGAGAUUGAGAGCCGUUCAGGUAGCGGCCACGGAGAGGGAGUUUCUGGAGACGAUCAAGAACACGAACAACGACCCAAGAAGAAACGUUAUAACCGUCACACAGUGAGACAGAUUCAAGAGAUGGAAGCGUUGUUUAAGGAAUGUCAACACCCGGAUGAUAAGCAGAGGCAGAAACUGAGCCAAGAACUAGGCCUUAAACCGCGUCAAGUUAAGUUCUGGUUUCAGAACCGGCGGACACAGAUGAAGGCACAGCAAGACCGAACUGAAAAUGUGAUGCUUAGAGCAGAGAAUGAGAACCUGAAGAACGAGAACUUUCGUCUGCAAGCGGCGUUGAGGAACAUCAUCUGCCCUAACUGUGGUGGUCCGGCGAUUCUCGGCGAGAUUUCUUUCGAUGAACAACACCUUCGCAUUGAGAAUGCAAGGCUUAAGGAUGAGCUUGAGCGUAUCUCUUGCCUGAACCAAAGAUACGGUAGCCGGCCUAUACAGGCACUGGCGCCUCCUGCACCAACUAUGUUACUGCCUUCGUUGGAUCUUGACAUGGGAAUCUACUCUAGGAAUUUCCAGGAAUCUAUUGGGAACUGCAAUGACAUAGUUGCAGUUCCAUCUAUGCCGGAGAACCCUCACAUUGCCGGAGACGGGCUGAUUAUGGAACAGGAGAAGCCGUUAGCUCUAGAUUUAGCCAUAACAGCUGUGAAUGAGCUAAUGAAGAUGUGCCAGGCUUGUGAACCUCUUUGGGUCCAAAGCAGCAAUGGUGACAAGGAAGUGCUUAACUUGGAAGAGCAUACAAAAAUGUUUCCAUGGCCUAUUGGCUUCAAGCAGCAGCAGCAGAAUGAAUUUAGGACAGAAUCUAGCCGUGGCAGUGCUCUUGUUAUAAUGAAUAGCAUUAAUUUGGUCGAUGCAUUCCUAGAUGCCAACAAAUGGAUGGAACUGUUUCCUUCAAUUGUAUCUUGGGCAAAAACUGUUCAAAUUAUAAUUUCUGGGGAUUCUGGAAAUGCGAGUGGUUCUCUUCAUCUGAUGUAUGCAGAGUUGCAGAUUCUUUCACCUUUGGUUCCUACGCGGGAGGCUUUAUUCCUUCGGUAUUGUCAUCAAAAUGUAGAAGAAGGGAUCUGGGCAAUUGUUGAUUUCACCAUUGAUAGCUUCCAUGACAAUCUACAAUCUUCUUUUCCUAAAUAUAGAAGACUACCAUCUGGCUGCAUCAUUCAGGAUAUGCCUAAUGGAUACUCAAGGGUAACAUGGGUGGAACAUGCAGAGGUAGAAGAUAAACCAGUGCAUCAGGGUUUUAAUCAAUAUGUUAAUAGUGGGAUGGCAUUUGGUGCACAGCGCUGGUUAGCAGUCUUACAGAGGCAAUGUGAGAGAUUUGCAAGCCUCAUGGCCAGAAAUAUACCUGAUCUUGGAGUUAUACCAUCUCCUGAGGCAAGGAAGAAUUUGAUGAAACUGGCCCAGAGAAUGAUAAGAACAUUUUGUGUAAACAUUAGCACCACUGGAGGUCAGUCAUGGACAGCUCUCUCAGAUUCUCCCGAAGACACUGUCCGUAUAACAACAAGGAAGAACACAGAACCUGGCCAACCCAAUGGUCUCAUUCUAAGUGCUGUCUCCACAACUUGGCUGCCAUUCCCACAUCAUCAGGUCUUCGAUCUCUUGAGGGAUGAGCACCGCAGAUCUCAGUUGGAUGUUCUCUCUAGUGGAAAUUCAUUACAUGAGGUUGCUCACAUUGCAAAUGGCUCACAUCCUGGGAAUUGCAUCUCUCUUCUUCGCAUAAAUGCACCCAGUAAUUCAUCCCAGAACGUAGAGUUGAUGCUGCAGGAGAGCUGCACUGACUCAAGUGCCAGCCUCAUCGUCUAUACUACCAUAGACGUCGAUGCCGUUCAGCUGGCAAUGAGCGGUGACGAUCCCUCAUACAUACCUGUCCUCCCUGUGGGUUUCAUAGUAAUUCCUUUACCUCCCACCAACAGCGAUGGAAAUCUUGGCAGCAACAGUAUCUCAUCGUCUGAAGAUUGCAAUGGAUCCUCUUCGGGCUGUUUACUCACUAUAGGCCUUCAGGUGUUGGCAAGCACCAUUCCAACUGCGAAACUCAAUCUCUCAAGCGUGACAGCCAUCAAUAAUCACCUCUGCAAUGCAGUUCACCAAAUCAAUUCAGUUCUUGGCAACAAUGCUUGUAAUGGUGCCAGCAGUGGCGGCGGAGGUAGCAGAAGCGGCAGUGGCCGUGGUGGCAGUGGUGGAGGUGAGCUUACCGCUGCAUCCGACUGA